CUUUAAUUAUUAUGACAAAAACAUUUUAAUCAUCUUAUUAUAUUCACUAAAUCUAAUGUUAUUAUUCGUAUUGCGUAAUCUAGUAUUGUAAUCUUCUAUUCGCCAUCUUGGUUAUUCGUGUUCACAUUUCCUCACGGAAUUAGUACUUUAACAAAAAAAAUUUCAUAUAUAUACGAUUGUACAGCUUGAUAAUAUAUUGACGUAUUUCAACUGAGAAGAAAGAUUAGUUCAGCGAAGAGUUCUCUUUUCGGCGAAUCCAUUUUCAAAGCUGCACAAUCGCAAAUAUAUAUACUUAUUUUUACAGGGUGAUGAUAAUACUGAUAAUAAACUUCUGUUAUACAUGGUGACAGUGAGGUUAAAUAAACAAAGGUAUUAGAAAAAUUUAAAACGGAAAUUUUAAUAAUCGUUUGAUUGUUAUUGGCUUAAGUAUUCAUCAAAAGAUAGAUAGAUAGGGAAAUUAUCAUUGGGAAAGGAUGCUCGGCGUGAUAAAAUAAAAUGUUAAAACAGAGAUGAAAUGUAAUCGGAAUGAUCGUGGAAAUAAAAACAAAUCAGUUGGGGAUAGAAGAUUUAAAGGGAAGAUGGAAGGUGAAGCAGGUGGCUGUAAGGGAACGAGAGUAUGAAGAAAGAGAAAAUUUUUAAUACAUUAAGACCAUGGUAGAAGAAGAGGUUGUAUAUCAACUGUCUUCCUCACGCUACCAUUGCUUUAUUCUCUAGAGAAGUGGCUUGCAUUGAGUUAUGAAACGUCAGAAAACUCAAUUUUUCUACUCAUUGGAACAUUACAACUAUAUUAUAUCAUAAUUGAACAUUAUCACGGCCUAAGUUUCUUUGCAAACUAUUAAUGAUAAACUCUCUCUAAUUCAUGUGAUCAAUUGCCGUAAAAUGAGCAGUUAUAUAUAUAUAUAUAUAUAUAUAUAUAUAUACUGUAAAGGUUUCAGUCUCUUUGAAUGUCCUUUUCUAAUUGUUGUAACUUGUGACUGCCGAUUAGAACGAAGCGUAUUUAUCGAUCGGAUCAAUGACACGAAAAACACGUACGAACGACCUAGGGUCCCGAUUGGCCCUGCUUCACUGUCUAGCCCAGCCAGUUGAGUCCAGAACACAAGUCUCAGCCUCUGAGAUAUGAAUCGUUAUAUUUCAAACAUACUCUGUUUAUAUACCAACCAAACAGACCACAUCGUACCAUAAAAUAGAAAACAACAUUUGUACAAUAUUUAACAAGUGAAAUAAAUACUGAUCAAUAGGGAAUGUCCAUUUAAAGUCCAAGGACACCAUUAGACUUAACAUGAUAAUUAUUGGUAUAUUUUUCCGAAUAUCCUAACACUAAUCCAUUCUGUUGCCUGUGGAAAAGAAAUUUCAACACGACACCUUAACUCAUCCCCUUCAAAAUGUUCUUAUAUGGUAGAAUGUGUUGAGAAGAAAUGAUUAAAAACUGUCACAAAGUAAUUUUAAACAGAAUUGUAUUGAAAUACAUACAUUGAAAAUGGAGGGAAUCGAUCACUGGUUUAUAUCAAUUUUGAAACGUCUAUAUUUGAACUCUCACUAUCAUUCACUCUAACUGAGUAGUUCAUAUUAUUUCCGUUUAAUUGUGAACAGAAAAUUAUGUUCAAGUGAUACAAUGCUCAAGACAUAGGCCUAACAAUCAGAUUUUAGUUGAUUGGGAAAUGAUUGCCCUAAAGACUAAUUACUUACAUUUUGUCAUGCUUAUUUUGUGUUGACACUGUGGAUAAAUGUCCCAUUUUAUUUCAUAAAAAGCCUAAAUAUCCUUGCGUCUAUAUCAAGAAAGCUUCUGUACAAACUGGACUUCUCAAUAUUGUUAUCGGGCAGGGAAAAAUAGUUUAGAGGCAGUGUUAUUCAUUUAAUUUUAGUCGGAGUUUUGAAUAAUUAACUUAGUAUACUAACGUAUGAUAAAAAUAUUAUUUUGUCAAUAAUAACGUAUCGCUAUGUUACACUGAAUAAAUACUUAUGAAAUUAUGUUUUACAACAACGUUGAAGUGCAUAUAUUUUCAUACAACGUACGUACUGCCAAUUCUUAAUGUGGUUGAUUUUGUUCCGUUGUUUAAUUUGACCGCUCAUUCUAUCCUUAUCUUAGUUCCACCUACAAUAAUUUCACUCAUCAAGAUAUGCGUUACUGAAACAAGCUACCUAAAAAAGAAACCAGUCUUUUCAGACAAUGUUUAUACACAUCAAUACGUCCUUUAUUGUACAAUUAUUUCCCUUGAAAUCAUAUCAUACAGCUAAAUGAACUAAGUGGUUUGUAGUACAUCAUCUUUUGAACAUAAAUUGCUUUGGCAAAUCUUGUUUUGUACUUUGAUAAAUAUUGACUUUUACCAAUGCAUCUAUGUAACAUAUGCAUUUUUUAGUCACAAAACGUAGAUAAACAGAGACUAACCAAUCAUCACAAAAUGACCUUCAUAUUCACUAUGCUUUUAAUUAAAAAUUUAUUUAAAAGAAUGUUGUGUUUGAAGGCUACUUUAAAAACUAUGCAAUGUUGAUUUGUUUUCUUUACGUUGGAGAAUAGUUAGUACAUUUUAAUGUAACACUAAGAUGAUUGUGAAAUAUAUUUUCAAGUGAUAAUAACACGUGAAAAUUAUUUCUGAAAUGAUUGGUUAAAAAAAUCAAUAUAGGAAUUCUUACGAAGUUCAUUUGUUGAUGUACUUAUGGCACACUAAUCAGUUGGUAGUUUUAUGAAAUAGCUUUCAGUAUUGACCUUGUACGACUGUAUAUUAAGUAAUUUACAUACCUAAUCUGAUGCAAUAUUAGUAUCAUAAGCUCAGUGACAGUUUUAUUUACUCAAGUUUUUUUUCAGUUAGAAUUAUAAACACUCGUUUACUAGGUGUGAUCUGGCUUACUACAAAUCAUGUGUAAUAUCCAGUUACUUUGAUAUGCUUAACAUUUCAUUAGUUCAGGUAGUACUCACCACAGACUUCAUAGUUCUUUAUUUGGGUACAUUGUAUUCAGUGAUAUACGGUUUAAUUUCUUUGACAAGAAUCAAAGCGACUCAACUGUGUCACUUAAUUUAUUUUUAUAAGGAGAACAGUUAAAGUCUGAAUGGUUCAAUAGUAAGUCUUCUUGCUCUCUAUAAUACUUAACAUCUUCAAAAAAUUAUCACACAGAAGUGCAGGCGACACUUUGUUAAAUGAUGAUAAAAUACAUUUUUUCGGGGAUUUUAUUGAAUUCACUCAGUAUAUCCACACAACUGUCUUUAUCAUUUUGUUAAUAAAGUGCUGAUGGAAUAGACACGUAAAACUCAAAGGUUUGAUGAAAUUUCAAUCAGUGGUUGUCAACUUACCAAACUUACAGUAAAUGCCUUCAUUAGUUUUGUUCACCUGAUGAACUGAUCAGACUUACAAAAUCUAAUAAACAGUGACUAAUAUUUCUUUUUGCACGAGCAAAAAUACAUCUGAAACUAAUCGCUGUCCAAAAAUAUACGUUGUUACAAUCUCUCGAAUUUUCCGAUUUUUGAGUAUAAUUUAGUCAUUUGUACAUAAAGCUCGAAACUAAAUACAAGAAGUAGGAUUGAAGGAAAAAUCAUACUGCAAAUAAACGUUCUGUUUGAUGUAAUGAUCCCCUCAUGAUACUAUUGAACUAUACUGAUUUAAACUAGAAAUUGUCUCAUCGAAUGAGCGGUGUUUAUACUACUUAUCUAGUAAUUAAGAGUUAUAUAUACAAAUCAUUUAGUCAAAGUUGAUUCAAGUUUAAUAUAUUGUGUAUUGUGAAUUCACAAAUCUCAUCCUAUCAUGUUUGUGAUAGUUCCAAGGAAGUCCACGAGACUAUUUAAAGUUUGAAUUUGUAAGUCCUCAGGUUAUUUCAGAUUUUCAUAGCAACGACCAUAUCCUUAUCACAAGCCGUUCAUAUGUCCAGUUUUUUUACGCUAUGUCAGGAGACUGACAUAUCGAAUAAAAAUUAAAGGAAUAAAAAUUCUACCAACAUUCAAUUAAUGCUAUAUAAAAACUAUAUUCAAAUAAACAACAGACAGAUAAGCAAUGUUAGAAGAAAUGUAAUCAUUGGGCGUAUUGCGAAAUAACAAUGGGAAGGUACAAGUAAACAACACUAAAUCUUGAAGUUAUUUUCAAAACUGCCGAAUCAGAACUAUUUUGACCGCUUCACCAUUACAGUAUACCUUAGUACACCGAAUAGAAUCCAGUAGUAUUCACCUAAAGGAAGUCGCAAACAUAUCUUUAAUGUUUGUCUUCAUGAAUUCCUCUAUAUUGCUUUUUCCCGUUUUAGAUGCAAAGUAUUUCUUGCAGAAUGUAGUAAGAAUUUUUAUCAGAAUAGAUUAGGUCAAUUGAAGCAGGAAAAACUAUGUAACAUUCAAAAAUACAAUUCAGCGACGACAAGAAAAACAACAGCGAUCACUAGACAUAUUCAGCGCAAACAAGACAAACAGCUUGACUGCGAAUUUGUACAACCAGGCAAUUAUUUAUCAACAAUAAAUAAGGAAAUUGAAAAAUUUGAUGAAUUAUGGGCGUUGAGUCGUUCUCUUUGUACUUCUGAUACGAAUCAGGAAGAUGAUGAUGACAAUAAUAUUCACUAUCAGAAUGUUGAUUUUCAACAGGAUAAUUUGUAUUCUGCACCAAUGAAUAAUAAUAAUAAUUUCUUUUGUUAUGAUACAACUAUAAAAAGUCCUAAAUUAGUUAACUAUUUUUCUUGUAAAUGCAAAAAACAGUCAUCCAAUUAUCAACAAUGCUCAACUACAUUCUGUUACCAAUUGUUUACACUUAAUUGGCGAUCAUAUUUAAGUAUGAAAAGAUCAGGCAAAACAAUACUGGCACAUUUUGUCAUACAACUUGUAAUAGCCUUAUUUUUGGGCAUCAUCUAUUUAAACAUGAACAAAUGGAGCGGAUCUGGAAUUCAAAAUCGUGUGGGCUUAUUUUUUAUCACUUGUUUACAUUUAUUAUUUAUUAGCGGGACAUUAUUAGAAGUGUUUUUAAAAGAUCGUUUGAUAUUUAUACAUGAGACAUCAACUGGAUUUUAUCGUAUUUCAGCAUAUUUUCUUUCUAAAAUUUUAUCGGAUGUUUUACCAAUAAAAGUGAUACCAGCUUUUUUGUGUUUAUCUAUAACAUAUUAUUUAACUGGUCUUCGCUAUGAAUUAUAUCCAUUUUUAUUAUGGCAACUCACUAUUGGAUUGUUAACAUUUUGUGCAUCAGCGAUUACAUUUGCUGUCAGUGCAAUGGUAAAUGAUCAACGAAUCGGAUCAAUAUUAUUAUCUAUGUUUUUUGUCUUAAUGAUGGUAACGAGUGGUUAUUUAGUAAAUAUAUCAACUUUAUGGAAAUGGCUUCAGUUAUUUCGUUAUAUUUCAAUACUACGUUAUGCUAUAAACAUAUUAACAAUAAAUGAAUUAUUUGAUAUGACAUUUUGUCCUGAAAAAACAUUACCUCAUUCAAAAUUAUCGUCUGUAGAUUUUAAUCGCAUUAAUGCAAGUGAUUCGCCUUAUUCAAAUGCAACAUCAUUAUUGAUAAAUGAAUGGAAAAACACUGAGUACUUUCAAACUGGAAUUGGAAAAAUUCAAAAUUUAGAAUCUAUCUGCAUUAGCGGUGUACAGUAUUUAGAAUCGCAAGCAAUUGAAUAUCGAUCAAAAUGGGCAGUUUGGCUAAAUGAAUUGGGUAUAUUUGUGAUUGCAAUUUUAGCCUUGUGUGUAGCUUAUAUUCAUUUAAGACUAAUUAAACGAUAUAGAUAGAAGAGAAUAGAAUCAAGCAAUAUAAUAUUUAUAUAUAUUUAGUAUUAGAAUAAUUUAUACUAAUUAUUUUUCUAAAAACAUUUUCUUUAAUAUGUAACUAAUUCUCUUCGUAAAAUUAAAACUGUCUUUCAUAUAACCAUUUUGUUUUUUCUUCGAUUAACAUAUAUAUACUUUAAAAGCCAUUAAUUGGUCUGUGCUAAUCCAAUUGUUUAUUACUAGUAGCAUUCAUGAACAUGAGCAUAAUGUUUAUUUUAAUUGUUGAAAAACGACCAAUAAUAAUGCAUGUAUUUUUUUUAUCGGUUUUUGUUUUUCUAUUUUCUACUUUACUAUAUUGUUUACUUUUUUUCUCGUUUCCUGUACAUAAUAUGUUUAUUUUUAUAAUAGUGCUGAAUUUUUUUUUCUAUAUUCAAUAAUUACUUUUUUGUACAACGAACAUUUAUAUAUGAGAAAUCUAGACAUUAU